AAAGACGAUCAGGGUUCAGAAACCGGGGAACAUUCUCGAUAGUCCAUUGAGCCGAAUACGCUACUUUCUCUAUCCAGGUUACCGGACCCAUGAACAACGCCGUGCACACGUUCCGCGUGCGUCCGCGGGCUCAGCCCAGGGAACAUACAUCAGGCACCUCAGAUGGGAGUGCCGCAGCGUCAUUCCACCACCGGCGACCACACACCAAGUCCAGACUCGGCUGCGAGACCUGCAAGCAACGCCGCAAGAAGUGCGACGAGCAACGACCAACAUGCUCGCUCUGCGCCAAGAAGAACCUCCCAUGCACCUACUACGACACCGCACUUCAGCGAAAGAGAAACGCGCUUAAUCUUCAUACCUCCAGCCUACUUCCCAGUCUCUGGCCAGGCCCGCACGCCCCUGCAGUCCUGACAACCCAUCCCUCCGACGCCACCCAUACUAAGUACGAUCUCUACCUCAUCCAGCACUUUGUGGAGAGCGCGGCGCCGCACUUCGAAGCUCCCGAUCACGGCGGCAUAUACUCCGUCAACGCGCUCGACUUGGCGAAAGAAUGCCCCUUCGUCAUGCAUGCCAUGAUCGCCGUUGCGGCAUGCCAUCUCCAGCACCUCCCUAUCGACGCGCGACAGUACCGUGUUCCAGAAGCUUUCCACUGCCAGUUAGCGAGCAGGGGUCUGCGGAACGCUGUGGCGUCGAUUAACGGCGUAAAGGAGGCGGAUUCGGUGCUUACGACGGCAAUGCUGCUGAACUGCCUGACGUUUUGCGCUGCGGAUUGGCGGGAGGCAGAUGUAAAUGGUUCAGAGCAAGGAUGGGAGUGGCUCAGAAUCCAGAUCGGGAUCACGGAUCUCCUUAUUAGAACGAGGCCUUUCCACCCUGAGAGCAUCUGGCUGCCCAUGUUCAUGGCGUCGAAGACAUUCCGCAUUGUCGAGCCGCCUCAGAACGAUCUCGACGCGCGACUUGCGGCUUUCUGUGGGAUUGAUGUGGAGAGUGACACCGCGGAGGGGAAUAAGUACUUUGACUUUUUUCAGGGGCUGGCUCCAAUUGUGACGAGACCUGCUGACGUGAAGUACUUCAAUGCGUAUAUCAACGCCGUUGGGGGCAUAUCGUACGAGUUUAUUGGAUUGCUGGAGGCGCGGGAUACGAGGGCGUUGUUGCUGUUUGCGCAUUGGGCGGCGCUGAUGUGUGCGGUUCGUAGCUGGUGGAAUGAGAGACGGACGAGUAGGGCGUGUUGGGCGGUGUGUAGUAUUCUUCAGGGGAGGUUGAAGGGGAGGGACUUGGAGCUUCUUGAGCAGCCUGCAAAGGCGUGUGGUUUCCUCCUGCAGCUUCGAGAAAGGAAGGGAUGAUUUGUCGACGUGGAGGAUAGAGUCGGAGUCUUGUUCGGUCGGUUCAGCCACUUAUGUCGAAUUGCAAGGCUCCACGCUAAGCGGACUUGCUUGUGGGCACAGUGGUGAUG